UCUGAAAAAGUAUAUUUUAAUCAUUGUUUUUUUGUAACAAACUAUUCGAAGAGUAUCCUACAUAAUGAAGCAAAUUCUUUGUGGUAAAAUAGGGGACAAGAUUGUAUUAAUUUUAAAGACAUCACGAUAUCAUGUACCCCUAUUUAGUAUACGAAAUUUAACAUCAGGUAGAAUGGAGAAGAUUUAUCGACCAUUAUUAGCAUCACCACAUGUGCAUUACUUUGGAAACUCCAAUCGUGCGUAUGCAAUGUUCAUUGGAAGAAUUUUAAGAAAGGCUUUGAAAAUUCGAUAUCUAUUGUUGGGUGGUGCACUUGGUAGUGGAGUAACUUUGCAAAAGAAAUUUGAUGAAUGGAAAGAAAUUAUGCCAGAUAUGCGUUGGUUAGAUGAUAUAUUUCCUGGUGAACAAAAAUGGAAUGAUAUUCGUGAAUCAUUCAUGCAUAUUAAAGAUAUGUUACCAGAUACAAUUGAACUUGAUCAUCGUAUAAAGCAGCUUGGGAAUGAAAAGUUUAAAGAAUACGGAGAAUGGUUUAAUCAAAGAUUGGAUAAUGCUAUUAAGGCAGCUGAAGUUAAUCAAACUCAAUCAGGUAUAUUUGACGCAAUCUCAGCAAUAGUAUAUCAACUUUAUUCAGGAGCAAAGCAGCAGUUAACUCAAAAUACCAUAGCAUUUGCUCGACCAUUGGUAGACGAAAAUGUCGAAGACGAACGUAAGAAAGCCCAAAAAUCGCAAGAGCGAUUAAAUGCUAUGCAGGAGGAAGUAAUGCAAAUACAAUUGAGGUACCAACGUGAAUUGGAACGAUUAGAAAGAGAAAAUAAAGAACUCCGUAAACAGAUGCUUUUACGUGGCAAUCAAAAAAUGAGUAAUAAGAAAAUAAAAAAAUCUUUAAUUGAUAUGUACAGUGAUGUCUUAGAUGAGCUUAGCGACUAUGAUAGCUCCUAUUCUACUGCGGAUCAUUUACCAAGAGUGGUAGUAGUUGGUGAUCAAAGUUCUGGUAAAACAUCUGUAUUAGAAAUGAUUGCUGAAGCAAGAAUAUUCCCUAGAGGUGGUGGUGAAAUGAUGACAAGGGCUCCAGUUAAAGUUACUUUAAGCGAAGGUCCUUAUCAUAUAGCUCAAUUCAAAGACAGUUCAAGAGAAUUUGACUUAACAAAAGAAUCUGAAUUAGCUGAGCUAAGACGUGAAGUAGAAUUACGUAUGAAGAAUAGUGUGAAAAAUGGUAAAACAGUUAGUCAAGAGGUAAUUUCAAUGACUGUAAAAGGACCAGGUCUACAACGCAUGGUCCUUGUUGACUUACCAGGUGUAAUUAGCACAGUUACAAUUGAUAUGGCAGAAGACACACGAGAUUCUAUUCGACAGAUGACUCAACAAUACAUGAGUAAUCCGAAUGCGAUUAUUCUUUGUAUCCAAGAUGGAUCCAUAGAUGCCGAAAGAAGUAAUGUGACUGACCUUGUUGCCCAAAUGGAUCCUUCUGGCAAACGAACUAUUUUUGUCUUAACUAAGGUAGAUUUAGCAGAAGAAAAUUUAGCUAAUCCGGAACGUGUUCGUAAGAUAUUAUCUGGCAAAUUGUUUCCCAUGAAGGCAUUGGGUUACUUCGCUGUUGUUACUGGUCGUGGUAAACAGGAGGAUAGCAUACAAACAAUCAAAGAUUACGAAGAAAAGUUCUUUAGGAACUCAAAACUUUUUAAGGAUGGUUUAGUAAUGUCUGGACAAGUUACAACAAAAAAUCUGAGUCUCGCAGUUUCGGAAUGUUUUUGGAAGAUGAUUCGUGAGACUGUAGAACAGCAAGCAGAUGCAUUCAAAGCCACUAGAUUUAACCUUGAAACAGAAUGGAAAAAUAAUUUUCCUAGAUUAAGAGAAUUAGAUAGAGAUGAAUUGUUUGAAAAAGCAAGAGGGGAGAUCUUGGAUGAAAUUGUAAAUCUAUCUCAAGUUUCGCCUAGACAUUGGGAUAAGAUGUUAAUGGAUAGAAUCUGGAAUAAAGUAAGCAUGCACGUGUUCGAAAAUAUCUACUUGCCUGCGGCGCAAACCGGAAAUCCAAGCAUAUUUAAUACUACCGUUGACAUAAAACUUCGUCAGUGGACUGAACAACAGUUACCAGCUCGAAGUGUUGAAAGUGGCUGGGAGUGUUUACAAGAGAAAUUUCAACACUUUAUGAACCAAGCAAAACUCAACCCAGAUCAUGAUGACAUUUUUGAUAAUUUAAAAAAUGCAGUAAUCAAUGAAGCCAUGGCACGACAUUCCUGGGAAGAAAAAGCAUCCGAAAUGUUACGCGUUAUUCAAUUAAAUACUCUAGAAGAUACAAGUGUGACUGAUAAACGUGAGUGGGAUCAAGCAGUUUGUUUCCUAGAAACUUCUGUUAAAGAUAAAUUGCAAGCCACAGAAGAAAUUUUGCGAGAAAUGCUAGGACCUGGGCGCACGGAACGAUUGCUGUUUUGGCAAAGUCGAACUGAAGAACAACAGAGACGUUCAGCAGUGAAGAACGAAUUAGACAAAAUUCUUUAUGCAGACAAAAGACACAUUCCCACACUCACGCAAGACGAACUGACGACGAUUAGACAGAAUUUGCAACAAAACGGUUUGGAAAUCGAUAAUGAAUCUAUUCGAGAAACGUGGUAUGCAGUGUACAGAAGAUUCUUUUUGCAACAGAGUUUAGCCAGGGCUUAUGAUUGCAAGAAAGGAUAUUAUCUUUAUCACACUGGACAUGAAACUGAAAUGGAAUGCAAUGAUGUUGUCCUAUUUUGGAGAAUCCAGCAAAUGUUAAAAGUUACUGCAAAUGCACUUCGACAGCAAAUUAUGAAUCGGGAAGCUCGUAGGUUAGAUAAAGAAAUAAAAGAAGUACUGGAAGAUUACAGUCAAGAUAAUGAAAUAAAACAAAAAUUACUAACUGGUAAACGGGUCACAUUAGCUGAGGAAUUGAAACGUGUAAGGCAAAUCCAAGAAAAACUUGAGGAGUUUAUCCAAGCAUUGAACAAAGAGAAAUGAAGAAACUGGACUGAAAGUCUAGAAUUUUGAAAAACUAUGAUAUCAUAGAAUGUGAUAAACGAUAAGCCCUGGUGGCUGAUGUGCGAAUGUUUGGAUAUUAAUUUAUUUUAUUCAUUAAUCGAGUGAUAAUGCAGAUAUAUUGGUACCCCCAUUUUAGAGAAAAUGAAAAUUAAACGUUUAACCGGUAACAUUAAAAUUUCAUAUGCGAAAUUUUAUUCGCUUCAUUAUUAAAUUUAUCGUCGAUUCCGCAUGACUGAC